AGAUGAUGACAGAAAAAUCUAUGCAGGAAUGGUUGAAAAUGUUGAUGAAGCAAUAGGAAAUAUAACAGAGGCCAUGAAGACAGCUGGGUAAGUAGAUAAUAAGGAGAGAUCUGGACCUGUCAUAUAAAACAUCCAUUUAUUUGACAUCAAAAUUACAUUAGGGCACCCAUAAGAAGUUGAAGUACCCAUUCGUAAUAAGCACUUACGGGUACGGAAGCAGAGGUGAUAAGUAAAUUCCAGGGGAGAAACAAAAGGAAAUACGAUAUUAAUCCCCGGGGGAACCCUUUACUUGUCAUUCCGAUAAGGGGUGUAAAUCGCCAAAUGUUGGUCUCACUUUGGAAGUUUUUCAUUAAAAGCAAAUAUUUUUUACCCUCACAGAUACAACUUAGGUUUGUGCGGAACGAAAUCGCCAUAUAAAAGUAAUAAAGAAACUAACUGCAAAAACCGUGGACGAAGAUCCCGCUGGUUGUAAACGUUGGAUCUCUAGAAAAAAGAUCUAAUCAGCUAAAAUAUCCAAAAAACUAGGAGUCCAAAGACCACUACAAAGCUGAUCAUAACAACGUGUUUUGUUUUUUUCAUAACAAUAUUUCGGCUGGCCAUACCAGCCUUCUUCAGGUUUACAGAUGAUACUGAAUUUACGAUAGGAAUUACAAUACAGUGUAUUCAGUAUAUUCAGUAUUCAGUAUUGUUGAAAUUGUUGAAAAGGGACAGGUGGAAAUGAAGUACAACAUAGAAAGAAAAGAAAAACUAAUAAGGAUAUGGAUUACAAUGAUUCGUCACGGCAGUUUAGGCUAUUAGGUUCAAGAGUCAUGGCCUUAUCUAUCCAAUGUGACUCCCUCGCCCGGGGGGCCCUCGCCUUACGGACCGAGUCACGUGAAGAAUGAAUUUUCCCUAAUGAGACUAACUGCAUGUCAGUGUGAGAAUGGUCAGAGUGAGAGAGAAGGCGUUCAGAAACAUUAGUGGGUUUAGAUUUAAUGUUAGUUUUGUCGACUGGACGUCUGUGUUCGUUAAAUUUGUCCUUGAGGCAAAAGCGACCAAACUGUGUUGAACAUGAGGAGCCGCAUAAAGUCCCUUAAGUUUGCUAAUUACGUUGAGUGACGGUUGCUAUGCUCAAUUUCCUGUUACAAUUUUACCUUCGAUCUCGUGCAUGUUAGCAGGAGAGAGACUGGCUGUCAUCGAUAGUGAUUUUCACAGAGGCGAUGAAACAAUCCUAAAUUUCGCAACCGUCUGUUAAUAUGGUUAAAACAGUAGUAGCCGGGGUAAAUAAAGUCGAGUGCGGUCUUUGCAACUAUCCUCCGAAUCAGAUCAUCCCGAUCAAGCCAUCAUUGUAUGGAGUAUAUGUGAAUUGAAUUCUUUUUCACCGUAUCGCGGUCGAGAAUUUCUGUGUUGAUUCAAAAUCCUUUCCCUUAGAAGCUGUUGGCAUUUGAAAGAAAAUUUUAACAGAUCGGACAGGUUAGGAGAGUUCAAAGUGACAUGGCCAGCCUUUCUUCGUCACAUUGGUUCAAAAGCGAGGCCAAGUCAGCCUUAGAUCAGUAGGUUUACCUUGCGACACAUUAAUUCUAGUUUUUUUAUGACUUGCUUAAUCGUAAGACGCCUUGAAGGUAAGGACAGUGUUCGAAUUUUUUCCUUUAGUUUAUUUAUUUCUGCCUCGAACAUAUCCGCGCUAAAACCUCCUAAAUGCCCGCCAAAUUUAAUGUAGCGCGCUCGGGAGUGAUCGAACAGUGUUUAGGGAGAAACAGGUCCAGCACACCUUCAACUGGAAAAAGUACCCUUAUAAAGAAGUCGAAAAGCGUUAUCAAUUUUGUGCUACAUUUUCUUGAUAAACAAUGGAAUGUGUUGAAAAUUAUAGACAUCCGUGUUUCAUAAUACAAGUACACACGUAGCGGCCAAAUUGCUAGAUAUUUGAUCUUUUUACAACUGUUUUGCUUGUUGCCUACGUUUAAAUGCUACAUCAUGAUCCAGUGCGAUUUAUACAGGGGAACCCAGCGAGGAUAUAGUUCAAAACCACUUAACAAAGCAUUGUUGAACGUAUUUUAGUAUUCAAACGGUAGAUAUAGGCAUAUUUUUAUCCCCUAAAAACUUUUCAUCUGUUCGGAUUUCCUAGCUGAAAGUCUAGUGAUCCGAAAAUUAUAGGGAUAAAAACUUACCUUCUCGAAAAUUUCAGCCAGGAAAAGGCUCCCGAAACUUCUAGGUGGCCUUUUUUAGGGUCAAAAUCCGUUAAAAAUCGGUAAUUAUACCAUUUUGUAGAUGUUCGAAAAUCCUAGCAGAGGCAGGCAAGCAAGAAAUUUUACAACAAAUGCUCCGAAAAUUCUAGAUCUCAAAUCGUCUUCCGAACAGAUAUUUUCCCGAAAAUUUCCGUUGGGUGCCCCUGUUUAUAGUUGUCGCUACAUGCUCAGAUCUUUGUUUGAAUUAAUGCGAAAAUUAUCUUAUAGUCUAUAAGAAAUAAUAGUUAAAAUACUCGAUCUUAGCACAACAAGCCAGUAAUUACUGCGUUUGCAUUGUUGCAUGCUUUCUCUACCUAUGAAAAUAAUAGUUUUCCUAGUAUAUCAGAUAGGCCAACUGACUCCCACUGGUAGCAAAUUGUGCAGCAAAACCAUAAAUAAGGGCUAUUCGAAGUAUAACCCUCAUGUAAAAACUUUUGAUUUUGAUCAACAAUGAAAUGAGCGACUAAAACGCGUUAAAAAUAAGACACGCUCGUGUUUCCCAUACCCCUACCGUCCUAAAUGUACUUCACAGAGAGGGGGUUGAGUGUUGCUCGUUAUUUGUAAGUCUCUGAAUCUUAGCAGCUUUCUUUUUCUUUUCUAUAAUUUUUACAGUGGAAUCGAAAUGAAUUUGAGUUGAUUGGUUGCAUCCAUCGCAGUUUCCCCCUAUUUGUUUUUCAAAAAAACACCAUUGUACGAACGGUCUCUAUUAUUUUUCACGAACAGAGAGCUUUAAUUCACCGAAAAACAGAUUCAUAAAAUGUACAUGGUUUAGGGUAUUUUGUACGUGCUUUUUAUGUUGGGUGUGUCGCCUGAUUAAAAGCGAGCGAUCGGGUGAGUCGCCUUCGCUUAGUGCAAGAAGACUUUGUAAAACUUAUACAUCAAAUGAAUCUUUCUGUAAAGAACGAGACGGCUUAGCAAGCUUGAAAAAUAGUUUUGGAAAACGUCUUGCCAAAUAUAUUUUUCUUUUGUUUGGGGAUUGCUAAAAUUGUAUUUCAACUAAACUCUGUAAAAUUCGCAAUUGAACUUAUUCUUCGGAUUCAAAACAAUGACCAAUGUUCUGUCUGCACGUGCUCUUUUGGGUGAGUCGCCUGAAAAAGCAAGCGAUCGGGUGUGUCGCCUUCGCGUAGUGCAAGGGAACUUGGUUUUCAUUGGUUAUGGCUCGCAAGUCCGUUUUGAACGAAAUAAAUGGUUUCAGUCAUAAUUAAUGAACAUCAUAUAGGUGACCUUGCAAGUUUGUAUUAUAAGAAAACUAUAGAACCUUUUUACGCCGCGAACAGGAUAAAUAGAAUACUUCACUGGCCUUUUCUCAAAAAACGGGAAUAGUCCAGCUUUAAAUUCUGCUCCCCAGAAAAAGCUACAAUCAAAAUUAUUUAAAUUUGUAGUUUAAAUUCAAUUAAAUUUUUUUAAAUCGCUGCUCUUCGUUCAUUUGUGGUAAAUAAAUGCAUAUCGAUUCUGAGGUAUCCCCGGUUUGAUAAUUUGUGCAAAACUCCUCUACACCGCCACAAGUUUUCCGAGUGAUGCACUGUUUCGGAGUGAUUUUUAUUUCAUCAGGUCCUUUUCUUAAGUUGUGUUCGUCUCAUCAGCUCAGCUUUAUUAUUUCUGUAGUGUCUGCUAAAGAUAUGUCGAAUAAAGCUUCAUAGGAGGUCACGAAAGGAGAUUGGCAUUUCAGCUCAAGUAUGGUUUCAAGCUUUCAACGGUCUAUGCUUGGAUGAAUUUAAACAAUGGUUUCCUGGUCAGAUGGGGGACAGAUUUUCCCCCAUAUUUCGGUCGCUAGGGCUUGCGGCUCGCCAUGUGACAGUGUCGGUGUCAACAUUUUUAGCGGAAUUAAAAUCACUAUAGCGCUUAUUUGAUUGCCUGUUCUAGUAUGGUCUCUUCUAGGGCUUAAAAUAUUGAGCUUAAGCCAAUUCUUGAGAAAUAACUUGUUAAUAACUAAAUCACCGCUUCGUGUCAAACGAAUAUUUAUCCCAAGUAUUAUAUGAAACGUUACAAACAACAAAAAUGAACUUUGAAAAUCUGAUAUGCUAUCAAGUUUCCAAAAUCCACAAUUGCAGUCCGUUAAUCUUCAAGAAUAUCCAUCCUCAGCUCCUUUUGUAUUCGCCGUGUUAGUUGUACCUUCUUAUGUGUCACUUAGAUUAUUCGUUUUGCUUUACUUUCUGUUUAGUUUAUGGGACAACACUUUGUUGAUUGUGACUACUGAUAAUGGCGGGGCACCUGAUGAUGGUGGUUACAACUGGCCUCUUCGUGGUGAAAAAGGAAGCCUCUGGGAGGGAGGGGUCAGAGGAGUGGGUUUUGUUCAUGGAAAAAUGCUGCAGAGGACUGGAGUCACGUGCAAUGAGCUUUUUCACGUGACUGACUGGUACCCAACCCUCCUCUAUCUUGCAGGUUUGCCCCCAUUGAUUGUUACAAAUACUUAGAUCACGUCACUCCUUUAGAUCACUGAAGUGCUCUGUAAGAGUUGUUAAUUGUCCAUUUUUAAUUAGUAGAAAACCAAAACGCUAUUAACCUUGCUUCUUGUUCCUUGUAAGGCAUAGAAGAGGAUUCUGAUAGUUCAGCGCUGGAUGGGUACAACAUAUGGUCCGCAAUUUCUGAAGGAGCCGCAUCAGAAAGAACAGAGAUUCUUCACAAUAUUGACGGAGACACUGCGGCAAUU